AUGAAAACUCCACCUUUUAAAAUGCUCCUGAUUUAUUUGGGCUUCUUUGCUCUUCGCAAAUCCGUAAUAUGCCAGGAAUUACCAACCUUUGAUCUACUGGAGGAAUUUCGGCUGACCGACACCACUGGAGUCAGGACCGUGGAUGGAUCCAAACCGGGUGCGGUGGCCUUUCGCGUGAAUCCCUCCAUUCACCUGAGAAAAACAAUGAGCGAAGUGUAUCCGAACGGCCUGCCCUCCAACUACUCCAUCAUCGCCACCUUCAAGAUGAGUGAGCACAGCCUGAAGGACAACUGGGACCUGUGGCAGGUCACCGACCCCAAUGGGACUGAACGGGUGGGCCUCCGUUUCCACGGCAACCGACGCUCGCUGGACUUCUUCUACACCGGCCCUCGUGGUGCGAGGAUGGCGCGCACCUUCCAACGUGCGGACAAGCUCUUCGAUGGCGAGUGGCACAAGCUGGCGCUCAGUGUCGCCAGCAACUGGGUCAAGCUGCUCAUCGACUGCCAGGAGGUCAGCGCCGAAGCCAUUGAUGAGCAUCGGCCAGUGAUCAGCGAAGGCUACACUGCCAUUGUGAAGAGGGCUGUUGGUGACCGCUCGGUCUCUGUGGACCUCCAGCAGAUGGAGCUCUCCUGUGAUGCAGACCAGGCGUACUCCGAGGGCUGCUGUGAGCUCUCCAACGUCUGUGGGGGAUAUGCUGAGAUUGGCCUCACAGGGGGGCGGGACCCCUGCAGAUGCCUUCAUGGACAGCCUGGAGUGCAGGGACCUCGAGGACCAAAGGGUCACAGAGGGCUCCCAGGCAACCAAGGAGAAGCAGGCCGAGUUGGAAGCUGGGGAGUCCGAGGGAACACAGGGGAUUAUGGUCUAUUAGGAGAGAGCGGUCCUAAGGGGUACCCUGGAAUAGGAGGAGAAAAAGGAAUGAGAGGACUUCGUGGCCCUGCGGGUGACAGAGGCCUGAAAGGUCUGAAGGGUUUGAAAGGAGCAGCUGGUUUCAAGGGGGUCCGAGGAGCUCCUGGAGAGAGAGGAGAAAUGGGAAGACAAGGACAAGGGGGGGAUCUUGGCGAAACCGGAUACGAGGGCAUUCCAGGGUACCAAGGAGUGAAGGGAGAUGAAGGCGUCUCGGGUGCUCAGGGACCCCGAGGACCCAGAGGUCGUCAGGGUAUCGUCGGUGACCCUGGAGAACACGGGACUCCAGGGCUCAAUGGGAAACGUGGUAUUCAAGGCCCAGCAGGAAAGCGUGGCAGCAUUGGACUGAAGGGUAUUAUUGGUGAUCCUGGUUUGCCUGGGAGAGAUGGAGAUCCUGGAGUAGAAGCCUAUCAAGGACCUCAAGGUUCUGAAGGUCAAAGAGGUCAAGACGGAGAGAAGGGCGAAAAAGGUGCUCAGGGACCCCCAGGGAAUAUGGGUACAAGGGGAUUCCCUGGCCCACCGGGCUUUAAGGGCUCUGCAGCAAAACCUGGACGACCUGGGUUCAUAGGCCCACCUGGACCAACUGGACAUGUUGGAUUACCUGGACAACCAGGCGCUAAGGGUUCUACAGGUGCUGUUGGUGUUCAAGGGGUAAAAGGUGAAAAGGGUCAAAAGGGGAAAAAAGGCCCGAAAGGCCAGGUGGGAGACAAAGGUGAGCAGGGCCCUCAGGGCAGAGAGGGCAAGAGGGGCCCCGUUGGAGAGCUCGGCCACUCAGGACCGCUGGGAAGCAAAGGUGUUCGAGGGGAUGAGGGUCCGGCGGGAUUCCAAGGGCCACCCGGACCACCCGGGCCGACCCUCCCUGCUCAGCACGUCAUCGAGGUCUGCAAGAGGGUGGUCAUGGAGCAGAUGUCUGCCUUUGCCAACUCUGUGAAGAGGACCUGCGCCACCGUCUGCCCCCUCUACGGCGACGUGCCCAUGGGGCUCCCCGGCCCCCCAGGACCAAAAGGCCCCCCUGGACCACCCGGUCAACUUGGUGAAGAUGGAGUUGAUGGAGAAGUGGGACAGCAAGGAUUUUACGGAGAGGCUGGUGAUCCUGGAAGAAAAGGAGAGCCUGGUGAACAAGGAGAACCUGGAGAUAAGGGAGCUCAAGGGUAUGGAUUACCUGGCUACAUGGGAGACCCAGGACCAAAAGGCCAGCGUGGGAGACCUGGCAGGGCUUUUGACGGACAACCUGGCCAUCCUGGAGAGAGCGGUCGUGUGGGUCAACCUGGGCUGAGGGGUCAUCCUGGUCUACCAGGUGCACCCGGCAUCUGCUUGACAUCAGGGUGUGACUUGAUCAACUCAACAUCGAAUGCGGCACCAGAGCAGACAGCCCAGACGUUCAGGAGACGCCCUUAG